AUGCUAUCUGAUCAAUCGCUGAAUUAUCUAAUAUAUAGUUACAGGUUUACCGUUAUCGUUGGCCUUCUAUCAUUAGUAGUUGCUAAAUAUUUUUUAACUACUUUGCUGCAGUAUGGGAAAACUUUCAAACGUCACGAAUCAAAGAACUUAAUCGAGAAAAUAGUGUUUUUUACCGUCCCAAAAUCGUAUUUUUCACAUUUCUACAUGAUAUCAACCGUGCUCUCCAUUGUUACUCUUACGUGCUACCGUCACUUUCCAAUAGUUUGGCUGAUCUUAACCCAUUCUAUGAGAAGAUUAUACGAAACCCUGUUCGUAUUCAAAGAGACGGACAAGUCUCGAAUGCAUUGGUCUCAUUACAUCGUUGGAUUAUGGUUUUACACUACUAUACAGUUGGUUUUGAACAUCCAAUUAGGAAAAAACAAUAUUUCAACAGACUUUAACAAGAUUUCAUUCAUUUUAUUCACACUAGCUUCAUGGGACCAAAAUAAGAAUCACAUGAUUUUGUCACGACUUGUCAAGUACAGUCUACCCAAGGGAAGGCUGUUCAAUUAUGUGUGUUGCCCUCAUUAUCUCGACGAAAUAAUAAUUUAUUUCUCAUUAACUUUAUAUAACAUUGAAUUUUCUUGGCUGCUCAUUUGGGUUCUAGCAAAUUUGAGUGUAUCAUCCAUCGAAACAAGGAAAUAUUACAUCCAAAAGUUUUCUGAUGAACGAGUACCGAAAUAUUCUAUCAUCCCAUGUAUACUUUAG